CGGGCCCCCAGGCGGAGCGGCGGGCACCGAGUCACCAGGCACAACAGUGGGCUCCGAGUCAACUGGCAUGACCGCUGGCACUGGGUCAGACAUUGGAUCGUCUGGCUGGACAGCGGGCAUCGGGUCACCAGGCAUCAGGUCAUUUGGCUCGACAGCGGGCACCGCGCCAUCUGGCAAGGCACGGGCACUGCGUCAUCUGGCAAGGCAGUGGGCUCCGAGUCAACUGGCAUGACCGCGGGCACUGGGUCAGACAUUGGAUCGUCUGGCUGGACAGCGGGCAUCGGGUCACCAGGCAUCAGGUCAUUUGGCUCGACAGCGGGCACCGCGUCAUCUGGCAAGGCAGUGGGCUCCGAGGCAACUGGCAUGACCGCGGGCACUGGGUCAGACAUUGGAUCGUCUGGCUGGACAGCGGGCAUCGGGUCACCAGGCAUCAGGUCAUUUGGCUCGACAGCGGGCACUGCGUCAUCUGGCAAGGCAGUGGGCACCAAGUCA